CCAUUGCGUGGGAAACCAUUUUCAAAAUGAAUUCGAAAAUAUAUUUAAUAAUAUUGGUUAGCUUAGGCUAUGCUUCUGAUGCGUUAGCAUCAGUAAAUUUAACGGUAAGCGGCUUGAAAGCUAAUAUAAAGAAUAGCUUGGUAGAGUUGGACUUUAAAGCUGACUCGACCAUUUCUGCAGUUAAAGUUGGAGGGAAAAAUAUAGCUUCGACUAGUGAAAAAAGUUUCUAUUUAGAUUGGAAUAACAAUGGACAGGGCAUAUUUAACCCCUCAAGCAUCCAUAUUGUGGAACAAACCACUUCCAGAGUUCACUUCUACUGGCUUCAAGAAAACAUUGAAAACGUUUUCAGGAUCGAACUGCAUUAUAUUAUGGUAGAUGGGGUUAGUGGUAUAUAUUCUUAUGCCAAGUAUACCAAUGAUAAGUCAAGUAAUUUGACUUUGGGUGAAACUAGAACAGUAUAUCGCUUUAACACGUCCAUAUUGACAAAAGGUUCCAACCAAGCUCGUACCGGAACCCUUUUCACUUAUGCAUUUUUAAACAAUCAAACAAAAAUCCAAGACGAGACCUGGCAAUUGUCUGAUGGUACUUACUAUACUAAAUAUGACUACGCCGGCUACCUAAGGGAAACCAAUUAUCAAGGUGUCUACGGUAAUGGCUUUGGCGCCUUCGUAAUCUCACCGAGCAGAGAAUACCACGGUGGUGGCCCACUAAAGCAGGACCUCUUGGUCCAUCAAAACUCCCUUAUUGCCAACUAUUUUAUUAGCAGUCAUUUUGGUACAGCCGGUCUUACAGCCCCAUCAGGCUGGAGCCACAUCUACGGACCGUGGCUGUUGUAUCUCAAUACAGGAUCAGACAGCGCCAUUUUAUCAGACGUGGUUACCAGGGUGGCCACUGAGAAUAAGAGUUGGCCCUACAGUUUCGUUAAUGAAAGCGAUUAUCCUUUAUCCAGAGGUUCGGUUUCUGGUACGGUGUCAGGGCAGAAGAGCGCCAUGGUGGUUUUAUGGGAUGAUACUACCAACACAUUUGAGCAACAGUCUUUGGGUCACUUGUAUAAUACGAAGACCAACUCUGAUGGGUCGUUCAGUAUUGCGAAUAUACGUCCGGGUAGUUAUUUAGUUGCUGCUUAUCCAUUGGCUGGACAGGGGAGUGAAAAUUUGGCUACGUCAAGCGUUACAGUGACAGCAGGUAGUACGGCAAAUGUAAGCACUCUCUCCCUACCCGAACCCUCUAAUAUUAUCUGGUCGAUCGGAGAAACCGACAGAAGAUCUGACCAAUAUAAAUACAGUAAUGAAUCUCGUAAUUACCUUUACGAAACCUUACCUCCGGUCAACCUUACUUUUACAAUUGGGUCAAGCAGCAUCUCUGAAAACUGGUACUAUGCCCAAACGAAACCUGGCUUCUGGACCGUGGUAUACGAAGACACCCAAGACGGUAAUGAAAGAACCUUAAGGGUAGCUUUAGCAGCUACCAGCACAAAACCCCACCUGAUCGUUACUUUAAACAACCAUAAAAUUGGAGAUGUUACCUUUGGAAAUGACCAGUCUAUUUAUAGGAGUGCUAUGCAAAGUGGUACUUUUAGUUCUUUAGUUCUAAAUGCUACUAAUGCACAGGUGGUUAAUGGCACCAACACUUUGACUUUUCAAAUCAGUAAAGGAAUGCUUAUGUACGACGCUAUUAGCUUACAAAGAGGCUAAAUGUAUUAUAUAUAUAUAAAAUAAAUGACUUAUUAAAUAAGUAAA